AGAAGAUCAAAUUCGUAUCGGCCGCCACACCCAUUUUCACACAAGCGUGGAAGUAAACGACGACGUUGCCUUUACAUAAAGCAUAAACGCAGAUUUUCCUGACCAUAAUCUAAAUCUCCCCAAAUAAUUGAUGUAUUUCAUCUUUAGUUUUAUCCAGCUUCUAAUUACCAUUCGAACGCCUAAUCUGCUUUUCCCGAUUUCCUUGGCCCCUGUAUUUAGCUAUUAUAGAUUCAAAAUAUCGCUUUUCCUCUAACGCCUUAAUUUUUUUGUUUGUAGAUUUGCUCUAGGUUUUAUUUCUUUCUUUUGUUCUAUGUUUUCUUUAGUUUAGGCAUUUCUUUGUAUAAAAUUUUCAAGAAUUUUCUAAUCUGCAAAUGCACCGUUUGGAAUAAACUCGGAAUAAAAUUAGACGACGUACAUGGCGACGCAUUUUGAUCGCUGGGAGAAAGAUCCUUUCUUUUCUGCAGCCGAGGAGGUUCAGGAAUCUGCGGACAGGAAUGAAGGAUGGAAUCAGCUUAUAGAACAUGGAUUCAAGUGACCAAGGAUAAAUCUAAGGUUUGGAACUCUGAAGAUAUACGCCGAGAUCUAAAGACUGCUCUUGGCACAGCUAAAUGGCAGUUAGAGGAGUUUGAGAAGGCAGUUAAAUCGAGCUACGCUAAUUCCACAGCUGAUGAUUCAGAACAUAGACAUAGUGAGUUUGUUGUUGCAAUUGACAGUCAGAUAAAGAAAGUUGAGAGAUCUUUAAAUGAGUCAGCCAUCUCCCAAGGAAAGCCACCAUCACCAUGGGUGCGUUUGGAUGAGGGGGAAAGGGAUGAACUUGCACUGUUUCUGUCUGGGAAUGUUCCUCGGCAAAAAGAGAAGCCGGGAGAGAAAGGGCGUUUAGCAGAUGUUAAUGAAGAGAAGAUGGCGGGACAUAGAAGAACCGCAAGUGCAAGUGCUGAUAUAGGUUCCUGGAAGAUUGCAGUCACCGAUGAUGUCGCCAACACACAAGCGGGACCACCUCCUCGGAAGGUUCCUAGCUUUUCAGGAUUUCUGAAUACGAUGGAGUGUGCAGCCAAAUUCAAGUUUGGAAAGAAUGGUUACAGAAAGUUGAAGACCACAGAUUGCCACAAUGAUGUAGUUGAUGCUACUUUACCAAGGACUCAGGAGUUGCCCAGGGGCAUCAACGCAUGCUAUGAACGGUGUAAGAGUUGUCUAAACGGAUGUGAUAAAUGUUAUGACAAGCAACUGUAUAGUUGGUACGGAGCUGCACAUAGACAGAUUCAGAGGUCUCAGUAUUAUGUACAAUAUAGUCGCUCUGUUCGUGUGGGGUUCACCAUCAUUCUCCUCUGCUUGAUAGUUUUUUUGGCAUUGCAUAUGUGAGGAGUGGGAAGUCUAAUCUCAGGAAUUGGAAAAGGAAUCUGCUGGGAAUUAGAAUGUGUGCAAAGUAUGUGGCAGCAAUGCUCCAUACAAAGUUGCGGUUAGAGAAUCGCUUUAACUGCGUCUGAUUUAUAUAUUUUCACGGGUUUCGUUCCCCAUAGUUGUUGUUUGUACUAUAAUGAAUACACAUUAUGAAGGAAUCAGUGUUGUAGUCAGUGAAAUCUUGUAAAUAGAUCAAUAUUGCAUUUGCAUGUCCCUUGUCAUUUUCAUGAGCUGAUUUUGCCCAUUACACUCGAAUUUCAUUUAGAAGUCUAAACUAGAUGUCAUGUAUUUUUUAAAAGGGCAAGUCUCUGUAUACGUUUGUUUGGUAAUGAAAAGUUAUUAACUUAUCUAUUACCCAAUGAAUGCAUGCCAAUUGUAUAAAGAUGUUCCGAAUUACCAAACAAUUGUAUCUAGACUUGUUCUUUUUAGAAGUAGAUUUCAGUAGGUUCUGUGCGUUUUUAUAUGUAUUGCAUUUGAAUACUGCUAAGCAGACAUUUCAUAUGGAUAUUAUGAAAAGACAUUCUCUGUUCUUAUGUGGUACAGGGUGUUAAGAACUUGAAAAUGUGAUCAAGCAAUUAAUAUCUGUCACAUAAAAUGCC